AUGUCAAACCAAACUAUUGUAACUGAGUUCAUCCUCCUUGGACUUUCAGAGAACCCAAAAGUUCAGAAAAUAGUAUUUGUUGUGUUUUCUUUUGUCUACAUGGCAACAAUUGGAGGCAACAUAAUAAUUGCAGUGACCAUCCUCUGCACCCCUGCACUGCUUGAAUCACCCAUGUACUUCUUCUUGGCCUUUCUGUCCUUUCUGGAUGCAUGCAUUACUUCAGUCAUCACACCAAAGAUGAUUGUUGACUCUGUCAAUGACAGCAAAACCAUUUCCUUUGACGGGUGUAUGACCCAGAUCUUUGCUGAACAUUUCUUUGCAGCAGUGGAAGUGAUUGUCCUAAUAUCCAUGGCCUAUGAUCGAUAUGUAGCUAUUUGCAAGCCCUUACACUACUCUUCCAUAAUGAACUGGAGGCUCUGUGGCACUUUGGUGGCUGUAGCAUGGACAGGGGGCUUCUUACAUUCUAUCAUACAAAUUAUCUUCACUUUGCAGCUACCUUUUUGUGGACCCAAUGUCAUUGAUCACUUCAUGUGUGACUUGUUCCCAUUACUGGAGUUGGCAUGUACUAACACUUAUGUUUAUGGCCUUUUAGUGUUUGCCAACAGUGGGUCUAUCUGCAUCAUAAUCUUUUCUAUGUUACUAAUCUCCUAUGGUGUCAUCCUGUUUUCUCUAAGAAGUCACAGUUCUGAAGGACGGUGGAAAGCUCUCUCCACUUGUGGAUCCCAUAUUGCAGUUGUGGUUUCAUUCUUUGUCCCAUGCAUAUUUAUAUAUGCACGGUCUACAUCUGCAUCAUCUUUUGAGAAAAAGGUGGCUGUGUUCGAUGGCAUCAUGACUCCAUUGCUCAAUCCUAUGAUUUACACGUUCAGAAAUAAAGAAAUGAAAAAUGCCAUUAGAAAAACAUGGAACAGAUUUAGGAUGGUCUCUGACAAAUUUUAA